UCCCUUUGCUCUGCUCUCAGGAGCUCUCACAACCUCUUUCCCCUUGAAGAAGUGUAAGGAUGAUGGAGCAGGGCCACGGCCGCAUGGAAGAUUUCCCUCUCAACGUGUUUUCGGUCACUCCUUACACACCCAGUACUGCUGACAUCCAGGUGUCGGAUGACGACAAGGCGGGGGCCACCUUGCUCUUCUCAGGCAUCUUCCUGGGACUGGUGGGGAUCACAUUCACCAUCAUGGGCUGGAUCAAACACCAAGGAGUCUCCCACUUUGAAUGGACCCAGCUCCUUGGGCCCAUCCUGCUGUCAGUGGGGGUGACAUUCAUCCUGAUUGCCGUCUGCAAGUUCAAAAUGUUCUCUUGCCAAUUGUGCAAAGAAAGUGAGGAGAGGCUCCCGGACUCAGAGCAGAUGGCAGGAGGACAAUCGUUUGUUUUCACUGGUAUCAACCAACCCAUCACCUUCCAUGGGGCCACCGUGGUGCAGUAUAUCCCUCCUCCUUAUGGCUCUCAAGAGCCCAUGGGGAUGAACACCACCUACCUGCAGCCAGUGGUGAACCCGUGUGGCCUCAUACCAUCUGGAGGGAUGGUGGCCACCAUGCCGAGCCCUCCUCAGUACUACACCAUCUACCCUCCAGAGAAUGCUGCCUUUGUUGAUGACCAGGACUACCCUUCCUUCGUGGGCGGUGGAAAUGACAGGACCAGCCCUGAUGCUGAGCAGCUAGAAGAGACACAGCCGGGAGAUGAGGACUCUGCCUGCUUCUCUCCUCCCCCCUAUGAGGAAAUAUGCUCCCUCCCUCGCUAGAGACUAUGCGGCUGAGGGCGCAGAGUUUUAGAUUUUUGCUGACAACCGAAGUGUUCUAUGCUGUGACCUUCAGAAGUUAGACAACAGAGCAGCCCAGGAAGCCUGACAGAUACCAUUCGAGGCGGGGAAGGGGGAAGUGGGAGGUAGACUCUCUCUGACUGUUAAAAAUUAGUCUAGGGUGGGGAUAUGCCCUUCCGGUCGAGCUAGAAAUCCCCUGGAUAUGGUUCAGGAUCAGGAAUUUCACCUGUUUAUUCACCACCCACCCCUUUCCCACUGGAACGCACUGGUGUCUUAAUUUGAGCUCCAGUAGCCAAGGGAAAAAUCACUACUGCUGUGACUUUGGGAGUUUCCACAGUAGUGAGAAUGGGGGUAGGGGAAGGAAGCAGGGACUAGAAAACGGGCUCAAAUGGAGAUUUCCCAGUUCCUGUUCUCAGCUGGGGAUCUUCAUAUGUAUAAGAACUCGGUUGCCAUCUGGUGUCCCUUGAGGACUCUGGCAUCUUAAAGGCUGCAAAAAUAAAUGAAUUAAAUGGAAUAAAAUAAUGUCUUCUGUUAGAACAGUAUUAGAUAGCUGGCUAAUAAAAUAGACAACUGUUGGGAACAUACUGUAUAGCACAGGGAACCCUACCUAAUGCACUGUGGUAACCUAA